AUUUUCAAGACUUGCACCCUAAUGAGUAUCAAUUCAACAUGUCCUUGUAUGUCAUCCUUGAUCUUGAAGUCAGUGGGAAGGAAUGCUGUGCUUGUGAGGUUCUAAUUAUAGCCACCCUUGCCAUAACUUUUGAUUUAUAUUUGGAAAAAUACUGUCCAGAAAAAAAUGAUAAAAUUCUUCCUCAUGGUGAAUAAACAAGGGCAGACCCGGCUGUCUAAGUACUAUGAGCAUGUGGAUAUUAAUAAGCGUACAAUUCUGGAAACAGAAGUCAUCAAGAGCUGUCUCUCUCGAUCCAGUGAACAAUGCUCUUUCGUUGAAUAUAAGGAUUUUAAGCUGAUAUAUCGGCAGUAUGCAGCUCUCUUCAUCGUGGUUGGAGUUAAUGACACCGAGAAUGAGAUGGCAAUUUAUGAGUUCAUCCAUAACUUUGUGGAAGUUUUAGAUGAGUACUUCAGCCGAGUGAGUGAAUUAGACGUAUCCUUUUUCAAUGCUGUGAGUCAAGCUUUCCACAGUAUUUGGCAAAACACAGGCUAGUCUUUAUCAGAGCCCCAGGUUUGCUGAAUUCUUCAGAUAAUUUGUAAUUCAAAGGAGCUGUCUCUACCCCCUUCUGCUAAAUAGUCAAGGGGUGGCACCAGUGCACAGUGCUGUGUGGGAGAUGUCCAGCUUCUCGAUUCUGCACACCUACUGUAUGUGCAAAGGUACAGAAAACCUUUAGCGGCCUUUGGCAUUUGGUACCUUUAAAGGGGCUUAAAGACUUGGUUUAUUUUAGCCAGAAUGGAAUGCAUCAGUCCUGCCUUUGGACCUGGACAACUAGGGUCUUUUUCCUGGGCCCCCAUUCUAGCCUUCAGCAGCAUCCCUCUCCAUGGGGUGAGGGUGCUUACCGAGAGCUUUCAGGGCCCCCCAUCCAUUUCUUGACUAUCCUCCAACUACUUGGGCCCCAGAAUUUACUGAGUACCCAGACAGCCCAGAACUGCUGCUAGGGCAGGUGCAGGCCUCUUCUCCCACCCCCACCCAAGGACUGUCGGCAGGAAUGAUAGCAGCUGGGAUGGUAACUGUGGUAACCCCCACACACUGCAUGGGGAGAAAAGCAGGGAACAGGCUGGGUCCCUACUUGUAUUCUUGUGCCCCCCAAAUAUAGGGUAUGCCUAGAAGCCAGAAUGUUUUAAUUGAAAAAUAUCUAAAGAAAAAUCUUUAGAACAUUAAUUAUGAGCUGUUUUUAUUUUACAAGUCCUUAAAGCCCAAAAGCCUGAGCAGUUAAUUCCAGAACCUUACAGCUCGUGUGGGUAAUGUGAAAGUACCCUGACUCAUGCCCUCUUUAUCAAAGUUGAGGGUGGGGAGUAGGAAGGGUCUCCAUCCUGCUUGCACUGCCUGUGACUCAGGCAGUUACAGACCAUGGUGCUUCCUGGAGGAACGAACGCACCAGGUAACGGAAUUCAUGCGCCUCCAAGAUUGGCAGGCAGGCCCCGAUCACUGCCCACAGUGGGGCAUCUCAUUCCUUCACUACCGUCCUAAAAUCCCAAACACUUGUAGAGAUCCAGAAACCAGAAUAGGGCUUCUCCAAGUAGGAAAUGAUUUCAGCCUAACUUAAUGAGAAAUCACAAAGUACUUGUUCAACUAGGGGCUAUGGAAAUACUGGCAAGAUGAACAAAGAAAUCCCCCAGUGAGCCAUUCUACACUGAGGUAGCAGCUUCUAGAGAACUGAAUUUUUGUGUUGUCCAGAAAGUUAUAAUAAUUAAGUCAUUACAAAAGGGUUUCUUUUGAGGUGUGAUGGAGCCUACAUCAGGAAUGACUUGAUAAUAUCAGAAAGGAGUAAAGUGGCUCCCUCUCCCUGAAGGUUACUUUUAGUCAGAGGACUUGAGUGCUUUAAAGUUGGAAAACUUCUGAAUCAUCAGGUUAAGACCUCACGUUUUAGAUGAAGAGGCUGAGGUCCUGAGAGGUUCUGUGACAUGCGUCCCAAUCCAUAGAGCGACUUUGGGGCACAGCUGGUAUUCUGGGUUUCCAAGGUGCUUGACGCUAGGGCUAUAAAUUAGAUAUAAGAUUUUUUAAAAAUUCAUAAUCAUCUGGAGAUUAUGGCAAUCUAGUCACUAUUUUAAAGUGCCUGUCACCAUGCUGUCUUGGUGUUGUCAAAGUUUUUUUUCUGAAUUAGGGAAGUCUUAGAGAAACAGUAGUCUUUGGUUGGAGGAGUCAAAAUGAAGAAAAAUCUUGAGAGUAUCUGAAUGUCUUGAUAAGAGCAUGCUCUCCAAAAGUGGGGUUCACGUUCAGAGAUUGCUAAACAUCUCUUCCUUUUGGAAGCAUGUAAGUUGAAAGCUGGGCUGGAAGGGGUGAGAGCUGGCCCUGGACUUGAGGGAAUGUGUGCAGCCCGUGCCGUGUUCAGAAGGGCAGGCAGGCACUGAGCCGAGGGGCAGCACCCUCCCAGCAGGUCCCCCAGAGCUGCCAUGAGCGGGGAGUCUCAGCAUUAUGAGCCGUCAGUCCCCAAGAGUCUACUAGGAAAGGGAUGUGAAUGUUCCAGAUUAAAUGGCUGCCUUCCAGGCUUUUGGGGCUCUCACUAGCCUUAGCCAUAUAUUCCCUUUAAAUGUGUUGAGUCCUUGAGGUGUCAUGUCCAACUGCUGCUCUUCCUCCCAAAGUCCCUCUGCCUUCCCCCCUUCUUUUCCCCCUGCAUCUGGUUCUGUUUGACUCAGGAAUGGUGACAACAAGUCAUGAGAAGCAACAGUUAGGAAAAAAUACAAGACAAAUGACAGGCUUAUUUGACUCAGCACUGACUUUCAUAUUUAGGUAAUGUUUACAUAAGCCUACAUAAACUUUAAAAAAAUUACACCUGGAUGUUUUGUUGCUCUCAGAGUAGGAAUGGGUCUUUAAGGCAAACCUACUUUUAAAAAAAGAUAUAUUCCUGUUCUGUGGCCUAAUUAAUGAGAGACAAUGCUAAGCCGUAAGCAAACAGAAGACUAUAUUACAGGGAGUGUAUCCAGGACUGCAGAACCUUCAUGCGGAUAGUUUCUACAUGGUAGUAGUGGGCUUUCUGUGCGGAAUGGGAACAUAACGGCCUUUCGCAGGUUAUCUAAUUUCAUGGGAAAUUCAAGUAUAAAUAAUGAGAGCAAGUUUUUUCCUAUCUUCAUGUAUUGAAGAACUUCGCCUAGCUAAGAGAGUGAAAGUGAGAGAGAGAGAGAGAGAGAGAGAGAGAGAGAGAGAGAGAGAGAGAGGGAAAGGAUUAAGACCAAAGUCUAGUUAGAAAUUUCAGUUCUAGACUGGACUCUGCUUGGAGUUGUUUCUGAGGUCCCAUUUGAAUGCACGCUGCUCAGUUUCUCUUAGAAAAGAUUAAAGGGUAAUUAGGCCACCACAGUGGUGUAAAAACACCGUGUUGAAAGUGUUUUAUGAUCCAGAGAUCAAAAUUCCAAUGCAGAAACCACAAACAGUUCAAUCCCUUUAAUUAAAAAAUUGAUUUCAAGUGGCAGUAGCAUUAGUGGGGCCUCAAGAUGUUCAACUCCAAUCUACAUUACAUAGAAUUCACAAAGGCUUCUGGGCUUCGGGGUUAGGAAAAAAUGGGGCUUUACGAAUCUGCUCUUUGGAGCGCUGUUUCCAGCUCCUAUCAGCUCCAACCUUAGGGUGCCUAUGAAGGGAAACACAGUGUAUCCAGGAACUUAUGUCUGCCAAGUUCAGUAUAGCCUGAAGGUAGGACCUUGAAAUCGUCAUCCUCAGCUCACCAUAUUAAUAGACCAGCAGUCUAGCCUUUCUUGUUUUGUACUAUUCCUGUCAUGGUUGAAGUGGGUGUGCCCAUUUUUUACCAUGGGUUUGGCAUAUAGGGUAUUUUUUUUUAUUCCUGCUCACCUGGCAUUUGGCCCAAAUGCCAUUACUCUUGGCUUCACCAGUGUGCACAAGUGGCUCAUAAACCAAAUCAAGAUGUGACCAACAGCUAGAUUAUUUUAAAGGAGUCAUAUGAUUCCAGGGGGAAACCAGCUUUCAGGCUGUUGCCUCACAUAGGAUUUGGUCUGUGGUUUCCCUAUAUAGUGCCAGAAAGCUGCAUGAUUAUUAGCGGUUUGAGCCAGAUACUCAGAUAGAUAGGCAGUCACAUGCCCACAGUACAAGAUGACCUCACUGAGCAACUCAUGUUUCCUGGAUGUUGGGAAAUUCAGGCUAGCCGAAGAACCUUGUCCUUGCAAUGUGAGGAUGUUGGUGGUUGAUAAUGAUUCAGCAGUACAUUCUAAUCUGAAUUUCAAAACAAUUAGCCAGUUGCUCAAGGGGACAUCUGAAUUGCUGAUCAUCUACUUUCCAGAGAUGGAAGUCUUCAGAGUAGCUUGAUCCCUGAACCAAUUCAAAUAGAUUAAAAUUAGAUCUUUUUCUGUCUCAAAGAAAAUUAUCUUGGAUGAGUUGGCAUUCCCAAAGGCACUGUUUUCAUUGCCCUGAGUGAAUACAGCAGGGGGAUUCUCCAGGGCAUUUUACAUGCAGCCACCUGUGCUCCCCAACUCCGCCUUUGUAACCUGCUAUCAUUCCUGCCUUGUCUUGGCUUCUUUUGAGUUCUGGCUUCGGGGUCUGGUGAGCAGGAUUGAGUCAAGGGCCUAAUAUUUCAGUCCCAAUUUGGCCAUGGACAAAGCAGUCACCUAUAUAAUUGGAAGACAUUAUUAAUAGGUAUAUCCGAGUAAAGCUUUUUUUUUUUUUCUGGGUCACUUAAGGACAGUUCCCAUGGGCUUCUGAAAAACAGUUUAUUCUGCUGGAGGACUAUUUGCACAGAGCUUAAUGAGAUGUUACCGCAGAGCCUAAUAGAAACUUAAAAGUCAUUCACAGGGUUGUCUCAUUCUCUAUAAAUGUACUUCACUAAACAUAUACAAUAUAGACUUGGACAUCUGGAAUUACUGAAAAAAAAAUCAGGUGGUAAUGAUUCAUUUUAUACACAUUUAUUUAAAUAUGAAUUUCCUUAGUGCAUUUAAUCACUUAUUUGUUGGAAGUUUGUCCACUGAAACAAUCUGUCAGCUGUUGUGUGUUUUAACAGAUCAGGAUAAUGCUCUUUAAAUAGAAAUGGAAACUUAGAUUCAUAAACAUUCAAUCAUUGUCAUCACCUCAUUCGUUUCACAAAAGUAAAGUUAGGUACUCAAAUGAAGGGUCUUCUGGAGGAAGUAUUUGGCUCUUUCCAAUUAGGUAAACAUCACAGUCUAACAAUAUUUUCUUCUUCCCCCUGCCCUAUACUAACUUUCCAGUAAGAACAUCAGUAAACUAAAGUGACUCCAUAAUUCUCAAAUGAGUAUUUUUAGAACUGUCCAUUUAUAAGAGGUACUGUCUUGAAAUUCAGAAUUUUCAUCUACUUGGGAAUUGAGUCCGCAUUGCCUUGCCUUCGUCAUUCAUUUCUCCUAAUGGUUAUUUUUUCUUCAGCCCUGACAAGAAGAGAGUUUAAAAUGCAAGGUCAUAAAGGCAUUUAUUAUUGGGUGGAGGUUUGAAGGCUGAAUGAGGGCAUAUACUCAGUAGCCUAAGGCCCCUGCUGAGAAAUCUGGAAGCAGAGCAGUCAAGGCCAAACUUUGGGCUGCAAGUCCAGCUCUGGCUAUUACUAUCUAUGUGACCUUGGACAAUGGCUUUGAGCCUGUUUGCUCCUGUGUAAAAUGAGGAUAAUAUGUAACAUGUACAUCAUAGAGUUGUAGAAAAGGCUAAAAUAGUAUGUAAAACAACCAACACAAUGCAUGGAACACAGUGUGUAGUCAGUAAAUCAUGGCUGUUACUGCUAUGAGACAACAUUAUUCUUUUUUU